CCAGUCUCACUCAUUCUAACCCAACACCAUGGCUCUAUCAGAGUCUAAGACCGAGCUAUGGGACCUGGAUAUCAGUGUGAUCCAGCCAGAGGGGAAAGGUCCAGGUCCAGCCACAGAUGGAACCAGCGGUACCAAGCCAUUCAGGGGUGCGUUCGAACGUUAUGUCCAGCCCUGUCUGGCAGAGCUGCUGGGUUCAUCUCUGUUUAUCUUUGUGGGGUGUCUGUCGGUGAUCGAGAACACGGAGGGCACCGGGAGGCUGCAGCCGGCCCUGGCACAUGGCCUGGCCCUGGGCAUCGUCAUCGCCGUGCUGGGUGAGAUCAGGUACGGCUGGGGGACCCCCUGGAGGUUGGUGGUGAGAGGCUGGAAGGUGAUAGCCUGGUAAUAGAUCUGUUUGUGUUGUAUAGCCAAGCUCUCUGGCCGUGAUAUGGUAUAGGUUUUGGGACUAGGCUGGGAAGUUGAUGCUCAGGAGUUCAAACGUUAGCAGAGUAAGAGAAGAGUCUGUGCCUAAGCUUUCAACAUGCAGUAUGUUGGUGUGUAAGAGAUAAAAAACGCACAACAGAAUGUUAUUAUCACACUUGCAUCAUUUUGAUCAGGCAAUUUACAUUAGCAUUUUUUCUUACUUAGGUAUUAUGGUUUUAUUGUUGCUACAUGCCUCUAUAUUUAAAAUGGUUUGUCUUGUUUUCUAAAUGAUGUGCCUCAUCUAAAAAAAACUAUUGGGAACUAUUUCAAAUAAAAUAACUUAAUUAAAAUGUAUUACGGUAAUUCAUUUAUUCAAUGUCUCUCUCUGCAGUGGGGGGCACUUCAACCCAGCAGUGUCUGUGUCUGUGUUUCUGAUCGGGGGUCUCAACAUCAUACUGCUGGUCCCCUACAUACUGGCUCAGAUGUGUGGAGGGAUGAUAGGGGCGGGACUAGCCAAGGUGGGUACCCCUCUGUAGCCUACUAAAAUGUGAGUUGCACUGUUUCUACUAGUACUAACUUGGUAUUUAAUUGGAUUUGAAUUUAAAUGUUUUUCUUUCUUAUUAUUGAAAUUGAAAACAUAAAUGUAUACAUAUACAUUUAUUUCACUUUAAUAUGAAAUUAUUUGGUAACGAUGUGUACUUUCUAGUACUAACAUCCAAUAAUUCAAUAUACAGUGGGGGAAAAAAGUAUUUAGUCAGCCACCAAUUGUGCAAGUUCUCCCACUUAAAAAGAUGAGAGAGGCCUGUAAUUUUCAUCAUAGGUACAGUGAGGGAAAAAAGUAUUUGAUCCCCUGCUGAUUUUGUACGUUUGCCCACUGACAAAGACAUGAUCAGUCUAUCAUUUGAAUGGUGGGUUUAUUUGAACAGUGAGAGACAGAAUAACAACAAAAAAAUCCAGAAAAACGCAUGUCAAAAAUGUUAUCAAUUUAUUUGCAUUUUAAUGAGGGAAAUAAGUAUUUGACCCCUCUGCAAAACAUGACUUAGCACUUGGUGGCAAAACCCUUGUUGGCAAUCACAGAGGUCAGACAUUUCUUGAAGUUGGCCACCAGGUUUGCACACAUCUCAGGAGGGAUUUUGUCCCACUCCUCUUUGCAGAUCUUCUCCAAGUCAUUAAGGUUUCGAGGCUGACGUUUGGCAACUUGAACCUUCAGCUCCCUCCACAGAUUUUCUAUGGGAUUAAGGUCUGGAGACUGGCUAGGCCACUCCAGGACCUUAAUGUGCUUCUUCUUGAGCCACUCCUUUGUUGCCUUGGCCGUGUGUUUUGGGUCAUUGUCAUGCUGGAAUACCCAUCCACGACCCAUUUUCAAUGCCCUGGCUGAGGGAAGGAGGUUCUCACCCAAGAUUUGACGGUACGUGGCCCCGUCCAUCGUCCCUUUGAUGCGGUGAAGUUGUCCUGUCCCCUUAGCAGAAAAACACCCUGCAAAGCAUAAUGUUUCCACCUCCAUGUUUGACGGUGGGGAUGGUGUUCUUGGGGUCAUAGGCAGCAUUCCUCCUCCUCCAAACACGGCGAGUUGAGGUAAUGCCAAAGAGCUCGAUUUUGGUCUCAUCUGACCACAACACUUUCACCCAGUUCUCCUCUGAAUCAUUCAGAUGUUCAUUGGCAAACUACAGACGGGCCUGUAUUUGUGCUUUCUUGAGCAGGGAGACCUUGCGGGUGCUGCAGGAUUUCAGUCCUUCACGGCAUAGUGUGUUACCAAUUGUUUUCUUGGUGACUAUGGUCCCAGCUGCCUUGAGAUCAUUGACAAGAUCCUCACGUGUAGUUCUGUGCUGAUUCCUCACCGUUCUCAUGAUCAUUGCAACUCCACGAGGUGAGAUCUUGCAUGGAGCCCCAGGCCGAGGGAGAUUGACAGUUCUUUUGUGUUUCUUCCAUUUGUGAAUAAUCGCACCAACUGUUGUCACCUUCUCACCAAGCUGCUUGGCGAUGGUCUUGUAGCCCAUUCCAGCCUUGUGUAGGUCUACAAUCGGGUCCCUGACAUCCUUGGAGAGCUCUUUAGUCUUGGCCAUGGUGGAGAGUUUGGAAUCUGAUUGAUUGAUUGCUUCUGUGGACAGGUGUCUUAUAUAAAGGUAACAAGCUGAGAUUAGAAGCAUUCCCUUUAAGAGUGUGCUCCUAAUCUCAGCUCGUUACCUGUAUAAAAGACACCUGGGAGCCAGAAAUCUUUCUGAUUGAGAGGGGGUCAAAUACUUAUUUCCCUCAUUAAAAUGCAAAUCAAUUUAUAACAUUUUUGACAUGCGUUUUUCUGGAUUUUUUUGUUGUUAUUCUGUCUCUCACUGUUCAAAUAAACCUACCAUUAAAAAUAUAGACUGAUCAUUUCUUUGUCAGUGGGCAAACGUACAAAAUCAGCAGGGGAUCAAAUACUUUUUUCCCUCACUGUACACGUCAACUAUGACAGACAAAUUGAGGAGAAAAAAUCCAGAAAAUCACAUUGUAGGAUUUUUUAUGAAUUUAUUUGCAAAUUAUGGUGGAAAAUAAGUAUUUGGUCACCUAAAAACAAGCAAGAUUUCUGGCUCUCACAGACCUGUAACUUCUUCUUUAAGAGGCUCCUCUGUCCUCCACUCGUUACCUGUAUUAAUGGCACCUGUUUGAACUUGUUAUCAGUAUAAAAGACACCUGUCCACAACCUCAAACAGUCACACUCCAAACUCCAUUAUGGCCAAGACCAAAGAGCUGUCAAAGGACACCAGAAACAAAAUUGUAGACCUGCACCAGGCUGGGAAGACUGAAUCUGCAAUAGGUAAGCAGCUUGGUUUGAAGAAAUCAACUGUGGGAGCAAUUAUUAGGAAAUGGAAGACAUGCAAGACCACUGAUAAUCUCCCUCGAUCUGGGGCUCCACGCAAGAUCACACCCCGUGGGGUCAAAAUGAUCACAAGAACGGUGAGCAAAAAUCCCAGAACCACACGGGGGGACCUAGUGAAUGACCUGCAGAGAGCUGGGACCAAAGUAACAAAGCCUACCAUCAGUAACACACUACGCCGCCAGGGACUCAAAUCCUGCAGUGCAAGACGUGUCCCCCUGCUUAAGCCAGUACAUGUCCAGGCCCGUCUGAAGUUUGCUAGAGUGCAUUUGGAUGAUCCAGAGGAGGAUUGGGAGAAUGUCAUAUGGUCAGAUGAAACCAAAAUAGAACUUUUUGGUAAAAGCUCAACUUGUCGUGUUUGGAGGACAAAGAAUGCUGAGUUGCAUCCAAAGAACACCAUACCUACUGUGAAGCAUGGGGGUGGAAACAUCAUGCUUUGGGGCUGUUUUUCUGCAAAGGGACCAGGACGACUGAUCCGUGUAAAGGAAAGAAUGAAUGGGGCCAUGUAUCGUGAGAUUUUGAGUGAAAACCUCCUUCCAUCAGCAAGGGCAUUGAAGAUGAAACGUGGAUGGGUCUUUCAGCAUGACAAUGAUCCCAAACACACAGCCCGGGCAACGAAGGAGUGGCUUCGUAUGAAGCAUUUCAAGGUCCUGGAGUGGCCUAGCCAGUCUCCAGAUCUCAACCCCAUAGAAAAUCUUUGGCGGGAGUUGAAAGUGCGUGUUGCACAGCGACAGCCCCAAAACAUCACUGCUCUAGAGGAGAUCUGCAUGGAGGAAUGGGCCAAAAUACCAGCAACAGUGUGUGAAAACCUUGUGAAGACUUACAGAAAACGUUUGACCUGUGUCAUUGCCAACAAAGGGUAUAUAACAAAGUAUUGAGAAACUUUUGUUAUUGACCAAAUACUUAUUUUCCACCAUAAUUUGCAAAUAAAUUCAUUAAAAAUCCUACAAUGUGAUUUUCUGGAUUUUUUUUCUCAUUUUGUCUGUCAUAGUUGACGUGUACCUAUGAUGAAAAUUACAGGCCUCUCUCAUCUUUUUAAGUGGGAGAACUUGCACAAUUGGUGACUGACUAAAUACUUUUUUCCCCCACUGUAUAGUAUUUGGUAACUACCUGGUAGGCCUACUGUCAUAAAGACUAUGUAAACAUUAGGAAAAUAUUCUCUAGAUAUUUCACACUUUCAGCAGUUUGAUCGUCCCAUAAUACACAACACUUCUACAUUCCACACUUAUCCUAACAGUAUGAUCAUCCUCAUCCUGUCAACACUUCAGAUAUGGAUCAUGACAAUAAUCGCUUUCUACACCUACACUGCUCUUCUCCUGGCUGCUAUCAGGACAGUAAAAUGAUAAAGCAAUUGAAGUCCAUGAGGGUUGAGUGACCAGGCAGUCACCCACUUUACUCUAUUGGCAGUCAUUUACAUGUACAGUAUCUGUAGAGCUGAACAAGGGUGAGUUGAGUCUGUGUUUAACCACCUUGUAAAGUCAAGAGCUUGUUGGUCAUUACCCAGCUAGCACAUUAGGUUCCUUGGAAGUUGUGGGAACAUACAUUUUUGGUUUCCCAUUGGUUCUGGGAAUGAAGCCAUAUGUUUCCUGACCGGUAAAAUUUGGAACAUUUCUUAACACUCUCGGAACAAUUUGAGAACAUGGCUUUAAAUAGAACCAUGGAGGAAACCUGUAAGAAACAUUAUGCAGAAGGACUGAAAUUCCCCCAAAAUAACAUUGUUUCUUAACGUUCUCUGAACUAUUUGAGAACAUUCCUAAUGUCAAACCAGUUGGAGAACGUUCCUAUAACAUUACCAACAUUUUAGUUAAAUGUAACCAUGUUUGAACUUUAAGGAAACGUUUUGUAAAAGUAAUGAAAUACCAAGAAAUGUCAAGUUCCUUAAAUGUGCUGAGAAUGUUCCAAAGUCAAGCAACCAUCCUGCACCAUUCCCAUAAAGUUGUGAGAAGGUUGUAUGCAAAAUAACCAUAGGACAACCACGCUCUCACCAAGCUCUAAGAAAGAUAUGGUUCUCAGAACGUUAUGUGCUAGCUGGGUAUGCAUCACCUGACCAACACAUGAUAGUAUCUCAUUGAGAGUGGAAGAAAUGGACUGCAAGAUGUCUAGAAAAUAACACAGAUAUACACUUUACCUAUCUAUUGCUGUGUUGUGUCUCAAUAUAUAUAUAUAUAUAUAUAUAUAUAUAUAUAUAUAUAUAUAUAUAUAUAUAUAUAUAUAUAUAUAAAUAUAUAUAUUUUUUAUCAUACUUGAAAAGACAAACUCUGAACAGAGGUAGAAUAUGAAAGUAGCAGUCGAUAAGCAAAUGUUAAAUAAUGUUCUUCUGUAUCUGAACCUAUACUUUUCUCCCUACAGAUCCUAUAUUAAUAUCAGUAAUAUCUCCUUCUCCAGGUGAUUUCCCCAGCCAUGAACUAUGCCAAAGUUUCAGGGGCAGCAUUCAACACAGUGCAGGCAGACACCCAGAUAGUACCGGCCACGGUGGCAGAGGUGAUCAUGACUCUGUUCCUGACGAUGGUGGUGUGUAUGGGGGCCGUGAAUGGACGCACCCGCAGCCUGCUGGCCCCUCUCUGCAUUGGGCUGACCGUGACUGCAGACAUCCUGGCUGGGUGAGGACCCAUGGGAUAGAAGUUGUGGGGUGAGGUGGGUGGGGUGAUUGUGGAGUGGAGUAGAUUGAUGUAAGGUGUGCGGGUAGAGGAUAGGAUGGGAGGAGGGCUGGAAAGGUUUGACAAAUUAGCCUAGAGAAAUACUGUACUGUACAUUCUGCAGGACAACUUUUCAGGAACAAACAUAGAGACGUUUGAUGUAAUGGCCUACCUUUGUACAGUAUAGUUAACUUCCACUGAGAUAAAUCCCUGUAUACUACCAAUAAAACAGUACACCACAAUACACCCCCAACUGUGUACCGUAAGUCACCACAUACUCUAUCAUUCAUUCAUGGAUCACUUUUAUAUCAUGUCCUCUACAGGGGAGCGGUGUCUGGGGCAUGUAUGAACCCAGCUCGUGCCUUUGGACCAGCCGUGGUGGCCAACUACUGGAGCUACCACUGGAUCUACUGGGUGGGACCCAUGUCUGGAGCCCUGCUAACCGCCAGCUUCAUACGGUACUGUACAGCUCUGAUCUUCUGGGGCCUGGAUACCUGGCUGUUUACAUCAUUGUCCUGUUUGGUUUUAAACAGAAACAGACUGGAUCCCAGGCUACUAUUGAAACACUUUGUUGGGGAAAUCAGCCUUAAUCUUUGUUCUUGAAAUGACCAUUAAUAGAAAAAUAAUUAUCCAACUGGAGCUCCAUAGAUUAGAAUGGAAUAUAUUUACUAUUGAAUGGAAGUUUCCUACACAAGGUGCAAGUGUGGGGAUUAGAAGCCUUGUCUGACAUAAAUUCUUGCAAAUCCGUAAGAGAAUCCACCACCACCAUACAGGGAUAUGUUGUCUUGUGCGAUAAAGCACUGUAUCCUAACAUGGCUGUUAGACAGGGCUGUUUGUCCUCAACUUGAUGAACAUUAAGUUAAAUAAAUAAAAAAUAGAAACUAACUGUCCCUCUAAAAUCAAUGGCUAAAGAUGUGAUGGAAAGUUACUCUUACAUUGGGUGCUUAUAUACAAUACUUCAGUCUAGAGUCGUUAACCUAGUUUUAACAAUGUGUGGAUUUGACACCUUUUUAUCUUGAUAUUCCUUGUUAAAGUAUUGUGUUGUCUAAGACAUAUUUUUAGGAAUUAUUUACAUUUAUGGUAAAAAAAAAAAUAAUAAUUACAAAAAAAAUGUGUGGAACCAACAAUGUGUCGAGUGAUGUUACAUUCAACAAUUCUGUAUUAUUUUGAUGGUGUUUUUUCAAUUUUCAGAUUACUGCUUGGGGAUGAGAAAACCCGAGUUCUCUUGAGGUGAUACAGAUGUAGGUUUCUAGUUCAAGUCCAUUCAAACAUCAAUUUCCAAAAUCCACAUAAAUUCGAACAGUAUUUUUGUAUUGCUAUUUCCAUGUGUCUUAGUUUAAAAUAAUCGUACCAAUUCAACUUUAUUGUAUACCGGUAUAUAUGAUGAUCAUCUAUUGUCCAUAAAUGUAAUGUAUUUUAUUCAAUUCCAUUUGUAUAAAUUAAUUUCUGUACAUUAAAUAUUGCAUUGCAUAUUUAUUUAUAUGAAUGAUGCCUUUAGACAUAGUAAAAGUUACUUCUGGCCAAUAUUCUGUGUUUUAUAUUGCCACCUUUUGGUGAUGUGCUGAACUACAGCCUUGCAUUGGUCUGACUCUCACUUGUUCUGUGAUACAACCUUCCAUAUGCAUCAUGCCUUUUCACUGAUUAUCUGCACACAGACAUCCAGAUACUAGCCACAUUAGAUAACAUUGAUUUUUACACUGUAAUUGCUAUUUUGACUGAAAGUCUAGCAGGAUCUGUCAUGAUAUGAGUGUCUCAGCCAUAGAAAUAUAAUUACUAGAAAGGACAUAGCCCAUCAGACUACCGGUCCUCCCAUUAUGGCCUCAUUGACUUGAAUGGGGACCACUCUUCUAGUAAUUAUAUUUAUAUGGCAGACACUCAUUUGAGACAGUAGUAUGUGAACAUUCAAAAAUGAUGCAGUGAAGAUUCAAGAAAUGAAGUAUAAACGUGUACAACACAGCAGAGGCAUCGUCAUGUCCAUUUAUUGAUUUGUACUUUGGAAAUGUAGAAGAUACUGUUUCUUUCAUGCGCAAUUAAUACAAAUUAAUUAUUCAAUUAAUUCAUUAAUUCCAUUAGUGCCCCCUCAAUAAUAAGUACAUACAUGAUGCCUGUAAGCGCAGUAACAGUCUGAUUUUGCCACAUUCUACACAUUUACAAUGUCAAUUUAGCACCUGUUAUUUGCUGAUGGGUGGGUCUACCAUUUAGGACAAAUAAGAUAUUAUGCUAAAGUGUAAAAAGCCAAUUUCAUUGGAUUGUCUUUCACUCCCUUCAGAGAUAACAGCAGCAGACUUUGCACAGGUGCAGACCUUGGUCAAACUGUCUAGUUUUAAUGUUUUAUCUUAUCUAGCGGGGACUGGACAACAUCAAUGACCUAUGUAUGAUUAAUACAAGCAGGUUAACCAAGAUUACACUUUUUUGCUUGGCCUGGAAAUCUAGAACGUUCUGUCUCGUAGUAGGCUGCUGUAUUAACAAAGUAACAAAAUGAGUUCUUUAUUUAAAUUGUUAAAAGAUGUCAUAAUGAUAUUGACAUAUGCUCUAUGCUGAAAAUAUUGUUUUCAAAUCAGUGCCAACAAAGCAUCUGUCUGCUUGAUGAUUACUAUACUUUUAUACUGUAAACUCGUUGUCUGGUUGUCUGUUGUACUGUGUUCACUAGAGUAAACUGCCUUGGAUUAAUCAUAAAAUGAAUAUCAGUGUCAAAGAGUCCAUCAUUGCUCAAUGGAGCGAUUCAAUUUUAUGCUCUCUCUCUCUCUCUCUCUCUCUCUCUCUCUCUCUCUCUCUCUGUCUCUCCACUCUCUAUCUCGCCCUCUCGUUCUUUGAACUUACCAAAGUUCAAGUGAUUAGCAACGCAAAAAGGUAGAUAUUUUGACACACACCUGCGGACAUUAUCGCCAGUGCUGCACUGUAACUCUAGAUACAAAGACGCCUCUCUCUCAUCUAUUCUCUCUACAAACUCCUCCAUUCUCUCUCUCUCUCUCUCUCUCUCUCCAAACUACUCCAUUUACUCUAUAUCUCUCUCCUCUAUUCUCUCUCUCUCUCCUCUAUUUUAUCUCUAUCUCUCCAAACUCCUCUCCACUAUGACAGAAGAGACGAUGGAACUGCGUGACGUUGGGACAUCCCUGAUGGCAUCAGACUCUAAGAAAGCACUGGUCAAGCCUCACAACAAGUUGGAGCGCCUGGUCCAGCCGUGCUGGUGGGGACCAUGUUCUUUGUGUUCAUCGGCUGUGUGUCGGUCAUAGAGAACGUGGAGGCAGCAGGGAGGCUGCAGCCAGCUCUUGUCCAUGGUCUGGCUGUGGCGGUCAUGGUGGCUUGCAUGGCAGAGAUCAGGUGAGGAGAUGGGUCUGUGUUUUUAUAUACAGUGUAUUGACACACUGUCUCACUGUACUGUAAGCUGUUUUGGAUAAAAGUGUCUGCAAAGUGUCACAUAUUACAUUACAGUGUUGUACUUUGGUCUCCUUUUGAGAUGAACGUUAAUAAUUUGUUUUCAAUAGAGCAUUUAUAUUUCUCAUGAACAGUAUUUUGUGUGCUAUAUAUGAGUGUAAUGAAUGUAUUUGAGUGCAAUGCAUGCUCGUUAUUCCAUCAUAUUGGCAGUGUUCUAUAUUGUUUCAAUAUUCGGGUCAAAAUACUGAAAACAUAUACGGCGUGGAAAACCCAUAAGUCCCAUAUUAUUUUUGUGGUGAUUAUGUGUUUCUUCGUCGUGUGCAGAGUUAAAAAACAAGGUUGUAAAACCAUUCUCAUUCCAGCGAGUGCCAUUCAACUCAUAAACAGUGGGCAUUAUGGUGUAAUGUGUUACGAUUUCACAGAUGCACCUGACACAUAUCCCAAGUUUAUAAAGAAACUGUGACUCCAUUCAUAUUGUUAUUCCUAAUAAUUGAGUGAACAUAUUAACAAUGUCUAAUCAAUAUCUAAAGCCAAUCUCCUUGAACUGAUACAAAGGUGAAAGUCUGAAGUUGUGGGUGUGUAAUGUAAAACUGUGAAAUAUACUCGUAAAACCCAACCCUCCUGGGCUAUCUGACCUUUCUUCUGCUAUUUCUCUCUGACCUCCACAGCGGCUCCCAUUUUAACCCCCCGUUUACCAUGGCGAUCUACCUGUGUGGAGGCAUGAAGCUGAAUAUGGUGGUGCCCUACCUCAUCAGUCAGCUCAUAGGGGGUGUGAUAGGUGCUUCUAUGUCAAAGGUUGGGGUUAAACCUGAUAUCAGGGCAUUUGCAUGCCGUCAAGGCAUUUCAUUGGUUCCCCUAUCCAUUCCACUCCCCAUCAGAGCACUUGAUAGUCGACCAUUAGGGUCCGGGUUGGUUAAGGAGGUUACUGUACCAGUCACCAUGAUUAAACAGGAGACGCAUGUUGAGCAUAUCACUUUUUUGAUUAUUGAGUCUGCUGUUUACCCUGUAGUCUUAGGUAUUCCGUGGUUAGCCCUUCACAACCCCAAUUUUUCAUGGCCGCAGAGGGUUCUUACGGGGUGGUUGCGUGAGAGUCCGGGUAGGUGUCUAGGUGUUUCCGUUGGCGCGACCACAGUGGAAAGUCCAGACGGUACCCCCACCGUGGUCAUUCCACCCGAAUGCCAUGAUCUGGCACUCACGUUUUUCCAAGAUGCAAGCGACUAAAUUACCACCUCAUCGGGAGGGGGAUUGCGUGAUAAACCUUCGGGUAGACGCUGUACCUCCCAGGAGUCAUGUGUAUCCCCUGUCGCAGGCUGAAACGGAGGCUAUGGAAACAUACGUCACCGAGUCCCUGCGCCAGGGGUAUAUAUACGUCCCUCCACUUCACCUGCUUCCUCAAGUUUCUUCUUUGUGAAGAAGAAAGAUGGCAGUUUACGCCCGUGCAUUGAUUAUCAACCACUGAAUAAGGUGACGGAACGAUUUAGUUAUCCUCUUCCCCUCAUUCCUUCAGUGAUUGAGUCAAUGCAUGGGGCCCAUCUUUUCACCAAAUUAGACCUCAGGAGUGCCUACAACCUGGUGCGUAUUCGGGAAGGGGAUGAGUGGAAAACAGCAUUCAGCACAACCUCGGGGCAUUAUGAAUACCUGGUGAUGCCCUACGGUUUGAUGAAUGCUCCAUCCGUUUUCCAGUCCUUUGUGAACGAGGUGUUUCGGGACAUGCUUGGUCGCGGUGUGGUGGUCUACAUCCUGGUGUAUUCCACUACACGCGCAGAGCAUGUGUCCCUGGUUCGCAAGGUACUGGUCCGACUGCUGGAGAAGUAUCUUUAUGCCAAGGCAGAGAAGUGUGAGUUUUUCCAGCAGUCAAUCUCCUUCCUCGGAUGCCGCAUUACUACCACAGGUGUGGAGAUGGAGGGAGAUUUUCAGCCGUGCGUAAUUGGCUGACUCCAACCACGGUGAAGGAGGUGCAGCGCUUCCUUGGCUUUGCCAACUACUAUCGGAGGUUUAUUCGGGGCUUUGGCAAGGUCGCAACUCCCAUUACCUCCUUGUUGAAGGGUGGGCCGUCCCGGCUCCGCUGGUCUGCUGAGGCUGAUUUGGCCUUCAGUAGAUUGCGGGGUCUGUUCACCUCAGCCCCGGUACUGGCUCACCCCGAUUCAUCACUACCGUUCGUAGUGGAGGUGGAUGCGUCCGAGGUAGGGAUAGGUGCUGUCUUAUCCCAACGCUCGGGCACGCCACCCAAGCUCCGCCCCUGUGCCUUCUUUUCGAAGAAGCUCAGCUCGGCGGAGCAGAACUACGGCGUUGGUGAUCGGGAGCUGCUGGCUGGGGGUCUCGGUCAGCCUGACCUCUGGAUUUCACUCCGAGAGUAAUGGGCAGGUGGAAAGGGUGAAUCAAGAUGUGGGUAGGUUCCUGCGGACCUACUGUCAGGACCGGCCGGGGGAGUGGUCGGUGUUCCUGCCAUGGGCAGAAUACGCUCAGAACUCUCUCCGCCACUCCUCCACUAACCUAACACCCUUACAAUGUGUUUUGGGUUACCAACCGGUCCUGGCACCGUGGCACCAGAGCCAGACCGAGGCUCCUGCGGUGGAUGACUGGUUUCAGCGCGCAGAGGAGACUUGGGACGCUGCCCACGUUCGCCUCCAGCGCGUCGUCAGAAGGGUCUGGCUCUCGACCCGGAAUCUACCCCUCCGCCUGCCCUGCCGGAAGCUGAGCCCGCGGUUUGUGGGGCCGUUUAAAGUCCUGAGGAGGAUAAACGAGGUUACUUACAGGUUGUUACUCCCCCCUGAUUACCGUAUUAACCCCUCGUUUCAUGUGUCUCUCCUGAGGCCGGUGGUAGCUGGUCCGCUCCAGGAGUCUGAGGUGCGGGAGGUUCCUCCACCUCCUCUGGACAUCGAGGGGGCCCUGGCGUACUCGGCCCGUUCCAUACUGGAUUCGAGGCGUCGGGUGGUGGGCCUUCAGUAUUUCGUGGAGUGGGAGGGUGCGGUCCGGAGGAACGGUGCUGGGUCCCAAGGAGGGACAUCCUCGAUCCCUCCCUGUUGAGGGAUUUCCACCGUCGCCAUCCGACUCGCCCUGCUCCGUGUCCUCCUGGCCGUCCCCGGCACACUGCUGGAGCCGCGCGUCAAGGGGGGGGGGGGGGGGGGGGGGGUACUGUCACGACUUCCGCCGAGGCUGCCUCCCCUCCUUGUUCGGGCAGGUUUCGGCGUUCGUCGUCACCGGCUUACUAGCUACUGCCGAUCCCAUUCUCAUCACUCCACUUGUCAUGUCUUGUCAAACACAUACACCUGGUGCUCAUUCCCUUAAUUAGUAUGUGUAUAAGUGUUCCCUCUGUUCCCCUUGUCUUUGUGAGUGAUUGUUUCAUUGUUUUUAUUGCCAAGGUGGAAUAUUUCGUUUUGACGCUGGGUGCGUUUUAUUUAUGUAAACGGAAUAAACUCUGGACUUCGGUGUUUUACCUCCUGCGCCUGACUCCUUCAUUCACACCUCUUCACAGGAGGUAUAAUUUUGUCUUGCACCUUGAAAUAAUUUGAAAUGCAGAAUUUUUUUGGGGGGGGAUUGAAUCAAAUCAAAACUGAUGCAAAAAAUAUAUAUAUUCACAGCUACAGUGAUUAGAUAUGCAGACAACAGACAUGACCCCAGUUUAGCUCAUCAGACAAUUAAUUGGGUUUUUGUAGUAGUAUAAUGACACCACUGCCAGUAAAUGAACCUGAAUCCAUUGUUCCUCAGCUGAUGACCACAACAGAGAACUACUCCAAGGCCCAGGGGGCAGCGUUUGCCCUGCUGCAGUCACAAGAUCAGCUGUGGGGGGCUCUGUUUGGGGAGAUGGCCAUGACCUGCCUGGUCACCAUGGUGGUGCUGCUGGGGGCGGUCAACGCCAAGAGUAGCAGCCCCAUGGUGUCCUUCAUGGUGGGCUGCACUGUCAUCAUCAACAUCCUGGCUGGGCGAGUUACUGAAAGGGCCAAGAGUGGAGUUUUUCCAUUGUAAGGUGGAAUUUUCUUUACUGUAACUAAGCACCAAGUUUUUCCUGGCUACAUGACCUGGUCAGGUCUUGCUAUAGGGUUACUAGGGCCUGGAGGUUUUCCUGGGCCUGGUACAAGUAAUUCCUAAAAAAACAGUUUGUUCUCUUAAUAAUCAACCUGGAUAGAUAAUGUUUGGAAAAAGUUGAUUUGAAGGUUUGAUUAUUAACUAUUUAUAAACCACUAUUAUAUAAUUUGUUACCUAUUAAAUAGAGUUUGUUAUAAAUGAUUUACAUGGACUUAACUUGCAUUAUCAUACACUGUUUAUAAAUAUAUAAACAAAUGAUAUACUGAUUUAUAAAAUGUUAACUAAUGAUGAACAAAGAAAUAAUGAAUGAUAAACAGACGUUCAAAUGAAGUUGCUAUCAACGUUUACAUCCACAACUGAAGAUAUGGAACAGCCACUGCUAAAAUGUGCAUUCUUGUGACAUACAGAUUAGAUCAUCAUUUUAGAUAGGUAGUUCAGAUAACACGUUUAUUACAUUGCUAUUAUGGCCUUCUGGGCAUUUCUAAGUCAUGUAUUUACUGUUCCCACACUACACCAUGAGAUUAUAGCAAAACAUGAAAUACUUGUUAUCUCAACCUUUAGUUUCAUAACAUCAUGGGUAGAGAUACAGCACAUGGUUGUUUUGAUGGACAUGAUUCUGCUGCAUACCUGGAGAUAAUAACGCUUUCUACUAUCAUGGUUCUAAUACUCUUUGCUGUUAUUAUUUCUCCAGUGGAGAUGUGUCUGGAACCUGUCUGAACCCGGCCAGAGCCCUGGGUCCUGCUAUAGUGGCCAACUACUGGACCUACCACUGGGUUUACUGGGUAGGACCUAUAACUGGUGGACUGGUGGCUGCUGCACUGGUCAGGUGAGGAUAGGCUACACAGAGAUCCUACUAAAUUACUUCUAAGAUGUCAUUCAAUGAGGCUACGUCCCAGACAGAAUAGUCUGGUUCAGCAGCUAUACUGUAAAAAUGCAUAUGAGACUGUGCAGGAUGAUGCAUGGAGAAACUGAAGUAUGUGCCCACCAUUUCACUGUAUGUGUUUUCUCAUGUGCCUCAAUGUGUAGUCUUAUUAUUACUGAUGUGAAAGCGAGCAUACUGAAUUAUGAUCUAUAAUGUCACAAUAAUACAUAAUCUUUAUAACCUCUUAUGUUAGCUGUUUAUUUUUCAGACUACUGCUUGGAGAUAGGAAGACACGUAUUCUCAUGAAGUAAUACCAUAUGUCGAGUUGAUAGGUCUGAGAUUACCACUGUUGUUACAGAUAUUAUCACCAUUAUUGCUAUAUUAUCACCAUUAUUGUUAUAUUAUCACCAUUGUUGUUGCAUAUUUUAUCACCAUUAUUAUCCUAAUUAAAAUCAUUCAAUUCUAAAAUAAUAAUUUCCCAGUAUAUUUUGGGGAAACUAUUUUCCUGUGACUGUUUGAGAUUAAAAGCUUUUUAUAAAAAAAGUGACAAGCUAUUGUCAACCAUGUAUUUUUAACAUACACUUAGUGUACAAAAUAUUAAGAACACCUGCUAUUUCCAUGACAUAGACUGACCAGGUGAAAGCUAUGAUCCCUUAUUGAUGUCACUUGUUAAAUCCACUUCAGUCAGUGUAGAUGAAGGGGUGGAGACAGGUUAAAGAAGGAUUUUUAAGCCUUGAGACAAUUGAGACAAAGAUUGUAUGUGUGCUAUUCACAGGGUGAAUGGGCAAGAAAAAAUAUUUAAGAAAGUGAUCUUAAUGUUUUGUACACUGAGUGUAUAUCAGUCAAGUUAUUCUCAGCAUGGAACAGUUUGUGUCAAGGACUGACUUUUGCAAACACCCAGAUACUUUGGAAAUAUUAGAAAUGUGGUUAUCACUCUCUGUCGGAUACUGAGACUAAAUUUCAGCAUUCCAUUUUAGAAGACCAACAAAAUAAUGGCUGAAUGCAGAACAUUAUGUAGAAAAGAACGUGGAAAAGCAAACUGAAUUUCCAACCAGGUGUGUUGUGUAUGGAGGGCUUCACCACUUUGUAAAACUUUGGCCCAACUCUCCAUCUCAUUACCUUAUGAAUCAGCUGGGGUAUAAAAACAACAAAAACAACAAAACAAAAUCACUUUCCCCAUAAGUCAAUUACCAAAAAACACAGCUCAAACGCAAACAACAGACGACAAAAUAAUGAAGGACCUUUUCCAAACCACAGGGUGCAUCUCUGGCAUGUCCAUGCGUUAGCUUUGUGCUCCCAUGCUCCUGGUCCCAUAGCCUGUAAAGGAGACCAAGUCUGGUCUGGAGGGUCUCAUGCUGUUUCCACAUUGUACCCCAGGCCUCCCCACAGCAGUGGCCCACAUGGGAAAGCUGGCCAGGCGGUGGGAUAAACCAAUUACCCCCCAGAUGGAAGGGACUCCUGCCGGCACACCAUCCGAGGGGCUCCCGGCCUCCCGCUUCCAGGCGCUCCUGGAAAACCCCAGGACGUCGUUCCCUCAGAGCCCG